CAUAAGUCGUAUAAGUCUGAUAUCGGGCGGAUUGUUUCAUGAAAAAGAUGAAUUGCCAAAUCAUAGUUUUGACUGUCGCUUUUCUCGCUUCUAUGAGAAUAGAGAUCAUGGCAUCGACAACGACGAAAGUUGACACUGCAGCAACCUUUCCAAUGUUGGUGACCGUUGAUGGACACCUGGUCCGGCUCAUGAACAACUGCACAGUGGGCGACGCUUCAUCGUGCCGUCCCGGCUACUGUUGCACUAAACAAUUACUGAACUACCCCGCUGACUACAGUGGUACCCGUCCUCAGUACCAAAUUGAGUGCAAGCCAUUGAGGGGAACUGGCGAGUUCUGCUACUUCAACACACCUGAAAACUUCUGUCCCUGCAUCACGCAUUGCCACACCAACGGUUUUUAUGGAAGCUGUGUUUGAAUCCUCAUUUAUGGCUGUGAAGUUGCAUAUUUUUGUUUUUAGAUAUAUAAUUUUGGUGAUUGAAAAAUGAAUAACAUAAAAGAAAGAAAGUGUUUAAA